GCCUCCGAGCCGGGUCGAACCCCGGCAGGCGACGGCUGCGUCACGCGAGGGGCGGGGCUGCCACGGGCGGAGGCCGGAGCCGGAAGCGGAAGAGGCGCUCGGAGCGGGGAGUGGGGCCUAGCCGCAGCCGGAGCCUGGGAGACGAUGCAUCACUGUAAGCGAUACCGCUCCCCUGAGCCAGACCCAUACCUGAGCUACCGAUGGAAGAGGAGGAGGUCUUACAGUCGGGAGCAUGAAGGGAGACUGCGAUACCCGUCUCGAAGGGAGCCUCCGCCCCGGAGAUCUCGGUCUAGAAGCCAUGACCGCCUGCCCUACCAGAGGAGAUACCGGGAGCACCAUGACAGCGACACAUACCGGUGUGAAGAGCGGAGCCCGUCCUUUGGAGAGGACUACUAUGGGUCUUCCCGUUGCCAUCAUCGUCGGCGCUCACGGGAGAGGGAGCCGUACCGGACCCGCAAGCAUGCCCACCACUGCCACAAACGCCGCACCAGGUCUUGUAGCAGCGCCUCCUCGAGAAGCCAACAGAGCAGUAAGCGCAGCAGCCGGAGUGUGGAAGAUGACAAGGAGGGCCACCUGGUGUGCCGGAUCGGCGAUUGGCUCCAAGAGCGAUAUGAGAUCGUGGGGAACCUGGGUGAAGGCACCUUUGGCAAGGUGGUGGAGUGCGUGGACCAUGCCAGAGGGAAGUCUCAGGUUGCCCUGAAGAUCAUCCGCAACGUGGGCAAGUAUCGGGAGGCCGCCCGGCUAGAAAUCAACGUUCUCAAAAAAAUCAAGGAGAAGGACAAAGAGAACAAGUUCCUCUGCGUCUUGAUGUCUGACUGGUUCAACUUCCACGGUCACAUGUGCAUCGCCUUCGAGCUCCUGGGCAAGAACACCUUUGAGUUCCUAAAGGAGAAUAACUUCCAGCCUUACCCUCUACCACAUGUCCGGCACAUGGCCUACCAGCUCUGCCACGCCCUUAGAUUUCUACAUGAGAACCAACUGACCCACACAGACUUGAAGCCAGAGAACAUCCUGUUUGUGAAUUCUGAGUUUGAAACUCUCUACAAUGAGCACAAGGUAUUGGUGGGGGAAAGAUCGAGGCCCUGCUCCAGGGGUGGGUCACCCACCAGGACAGACGUGAUCUGGCUCACCCCCCUCGCCCUUCAGAGCUGUGAGGAGAAGGCGGUGAAGAACACCAGCAUCCGAGUGGCUGACUUCGGCAGCGCCACCUUCGACCACGAGCACCACACGACCAUCGUGGCCACCCGGCACUACCGCCCCCCCGAGGUGAUCCUUGAGCUGGGCUGGGCACAGCCCUGCGACGUCUGGAGCAUUGGCUGCAUUCUCUUUGAGUACUACCGGGGCUUCACACUCUUCCAGACCCACGAAAACCGAGAGCAUUUGGUGAUGAUGGAGAAGAUCCUAGGGCCCAUCCCACCACACAUGAUCCACCGCACCAGGAAGCAGAAAUAUUUCUACAAAGGGGGCCUGGUUUGGGAUGAGAACAGCUCUGACGGCCGGUAUGUGAAGGAGAACUGCAAACCUCUGAAGGUCAGUUUCUGGCUUCCCCCAACUCAACUCAUGCCAAGGAGACCCCAGGCACUGGGCAGACAUACAGCAGAGACAGGCCAGGCAGCUAAAGGCUGCCUCCUCAUUCCGGCUCCGUGGGGGGCUGUGCCCAAGGCUUCUGGGUGCUGGCAGCGGGGCUUCUUGCGUAGUGCCCCAGAGGGGCCCUUAGCUGUACCCCUUCCCCGCAGGGUGGCUGUGAAUGUAAUUGGGGAACACCAGAAGAGCCAGAUGUCAGAGACCCUGCUACUUCCUGCCCCCUCUCCUCUCAAUUUUGGGAAGAACUAGACAGGACCGAGGUGAGGGGGGAGGGACGACCUAGACAUGGCCCGGACGCCUCUGUCAACUGCAUUUGGUGCUUGGACGAGUGAAUUUCACAGAGGUGAUUUCUACCUACCUGUCAGAACUUUGCAAGUGGGGGCAGAG